CGCGCUGCGCCCGGAGACUCUCGCUGCCCGGCUCCCGGCCCCGCCGAGCGCCCCUCGGGCCAGCGCCCGCAGACUCCCGGGCCUGCGGCCUCCUCCCACCACCUCUCGCCCGCGCCCGGCCAUGGCGCUCAACAAUUUCCUCUUCGCGCAGUGCGUCUGCUACUUCCUGGCCUUCCUGUUCAGCUUCGUGGUGGUGGUGCCGCUGUCCGAGAAUGGCCACGACUUCCGCGGCCGCUGCCUGCUCUUCACCGAAGGCAUGUGGCUGAGCGCCAACCUGACGGUGCAGGAGCGCGAGCGCUUCACGGUGCAGGAGUGGGGCCCGCCGGCCGCCUGCCGCUUCAGCCUGCUCGCCAGCCUCCUCUCGCUGCUGCUGGCCGCCGCGCACGCCUGGCGCACGCUCUUCUUCCUGUGCAAGGGACACGAGGGCUCCUUCUUCUAUGCCUUCGUGAACCUCCUGGUCAGCGCCUUCGUGGUCUUCCUGGUCUUCAUUGCCAGCACCAUUGUGAGCGUGGGCUUCACCAUGUGGUGUGACACUGUCACUGAGAAGGGCACUGUGCCCCACAGCUGUGAGGAGUUCCAGGACAUCGACUUGGAGCUGAGUGUGGACAAUUCUGCCUUCUAUGAUCAGUUCGCCAUCGCCCAGUUUGGCCUCUGGGCGUCCUGGCUGGCCUGGCUGGCCAUCACCAUCCUGGCCUUCCUGAAGGUCUACCACAACUGCCGCCAGGAGGACCUGCUGGACAGCCUGGUCCACGAGAAGGAGCUGCUGCUGGCCAGGCCGGGCCCCCGCGCCUCCUUCCAGGGGGAGAAGAGUGCUGUCAUCUAGGCUCCCCGCUGGCAGGGGCGCCGACCCCAGGAUCCUUGCCCAUCGUCCUGUCCUGGGGGAGCAGCUGGGAUCCCUGCCCGGGCCCCCACCCCUGCCAGCGCCGCCCUGCAUGUGUCCCCCCGCCCUGCCUGCUGUGAGGUGAGCACCCCGAUUCCCACCCAGAGCCUGGCAGCGGCUGGCUAGGCAGCAAAGGGCCAGGGGCUGCCAGGCUUCACGCAGCACUCGGCUCUCCUCCUGGCCAGGUCCCCGGGUCCCUUUGCCACUGGGGCGGCUGGUCCACACUCCGCCUCUGUGUGACUGUGCGUGCCUGUGGGCGUGUGGACAGGGGGGUGCAGGUGCAGAGCAGCUGCCCAGGAGGGUGCUGCUGUCCCCUCCUGCAGAUUGCAGCCCAGGCCUCAGAGCCUGGCCAGCCCGGCCCACAGGAGCAGGACGCAGGCAGGGAGCCCGGGCUCCACGCUGCGCUCGGUGGUGAGCGCUGGUGGUGGCUGCGCAGCCCUGCAGGAGAGCCCGGUCCUCCCUGGAGGGCAUGUUCCUCUGUGACCUUGUUCCAGGGGCUGGGACCCCACGUGGAAGAGCCCCCCCGCCCUGGCCUCCGUGAGCCAGUUGCCCUGAGCUAGUCCACGGGCUCCCUCUGCACUGCCAUGCCCUUCUGGAAGGGAGAGCCCAGCCGUGUCCAGCUCUCUGCUGUCCACCAGUGACUGCUGUGUUUCAGGCGGAGGGUAGCUCAGACCCACCUGGGGAGGCUUGGUGAGCAAUGGGAAGCAAGGCCAGCAGGGACUUGUCAGGACACUCUGAAGGCAGGUGCCAGUCCAGGGGAAGUCCAGGCCAGGUGGGGCAGGUUGCUGCCAGCCCAGGGUUCAGCUGGGAGUUUCCCGCAGGUACUCAGGGGACAGUAUUGUGACAGUCUGAGGUUCCCAACGCUGCUCUCCUCCUGGGCCCCUCACAUCAGCCCUAGUCCACUGGACACAAAGACCCUUCCCAACCCCAAGGGUCCUGGUCUGUCUCCCCAACACAGAGUGGAGUGGCUCCUGCCUCACUCUGCCCCGGGUACAGCCCCCGGGACCCUGGAAGGAGGAGAGAGGGACAGGGCAGGGGACAGGGCAGCUGGCCAAGGGCAGCCGCUGUCAGCGCUGUGUGGACCUACGUCCGCCUGCACUGCAUGGCUCUCCAGACACCUAGGCCCUGGGGGUUCCAGGAGGGGGCCUUUGACCUGGGUGCUGGCCUGCCGUGGGCCCUGGGCCCCUGGGGGCUGUGGUGUGGGUCCCCACAGUGGCUCCACUGCAGACUGCUGUUGAGAUGCCUGGACUCCUCCCUGGCUGUUUUCAGGGGGGCACCUUAUUUUAAUUUUCCUUCUGGCUAAACUGAAAGUGAAGAUCUUGAACCUCCACAUGUCUCUUUCUCCAAGUCAAAAUAAAAGCAAACCCUGUCUCCACUGCG